AUUUCCGUGUUGACGAAUCAUUGUUACCAAAACGGAGAACUAAUCUCAAGAAACCUAAAAAAAGAUUUCGUCUAAUAUUAGUUGCUACAACACCUAUGUGUCGAAAAAAAAGGAAUGUAAUUGCCUUUCUCCGAGUGCUAUAUAAGCUGCCGAGCUCACACGCUGUUGAGUUAUUUUUUUCAUAGGUUUUUAUAGAGGCAUCAUGGCGUGCACUCAAUUUUUGCGCUCUGCUUGGACUUUCGGAUUCUGUUUAGCGUUAAUUCUAGUGUUAUGUUUAGCUGACGAGCUUAAUAAGAGCGACGAUGAAAAAACUAUAACAGACGAUGACGUAUCAGCUAAAAUGCUCUCCAAGUCUGGAAAAAUCAUGAUUGUUCGAGAUAACGAUGAUGACGACGACGACGAUGAUGAUGAUGAUGAUGAUGACGAUGAUGAUGACGAUGAUGAUGACGAUGAUGAUGACGAUGAUGACGAUUUUAGAGACGAUAACGAAGAGAUGCUAUCAUUUGAAGUGGACGAGGUGGAGGAAAAAGAUGUCAAUGGAAAUGAUGUUGAUAAGUUGCAGAGGCAUUCUGUGGACUCCUUUGACGACGUGGACUUUACGUUCACAAAAGUAGACACCCAGGCGAAAUAUGAUGGACUUCCUGUUACAAACGUAAACCUAUCAGCGACCCUACGUGGUUCUUCUUCUCUGGAGAUAAUGGUUUAUCUGUUUCGUCAGGCGGGGAAGGUUACGUUUGGGAAUGAAACCUUUAGAGUGGAAAAAGGAACAGUAAAGUUUAAUAUUAAGAUCAGUAACUGGGAUUUCUGUGACGGGUCAUCUUUUGACUGCGAUGAAGGCAAAGUUGGAGAAUUUCUUGAUCUCAAACUUAAAAUCAAGAGCAAGGAUUUUCCAGCAGAAAUAAGUGACGAUGACAGGAAAGCCGCCGCAAAGAGACCCAUCUGUGAUGACGAUGACGAUGACGAUGGUGUCGAUGAUCCGAACGAUAGCGAUGACGACGACGAUGAUUGUCCGAGCAUUUAUGACAUCGGCGGAGACUCGGAAAUGCUGCUAAAUAAAGGAGUGGUUACCGAUGAUGAUAAAUACACUGCCUUCCCUGAGGGAUAUCCUAAUUACGAGGUCGAGGACGGAGAAAAGAAGUUUGUUUUCCGCAUCCCUAAGUUCAAGAAAAGUGUCUUGGUUGAUCCAAGUGUAAACGUAGGCCGAGUCAAUGGCGUCAACUCUUUAGCGCAGGCUAAUAUUGGACUGGCCUUUUUGCUAUUUAUCGCCGCUUUUAUUGUAACUAAUUAUACCUAAAAGCUCUUCGUCAAAGGUAGAAUUUCUUAUUAUGUGUCUGCUAGUAAUUCUAAUUCGUUGAACAGGACAAAUUGAUACUUGUAACUGAAAAAAAUGCCAUAAAUUGGUAUUUUUUUACGUCGACAGAUAAAUUCUUGAUAGAGACUAUUCACAGGUAUUUUGUUAAUUUAUUGGGUCACUUUAGAGGCAACGCCCAAGCCAUCCCUUGAUGGGACGGUUUAGCUCCCUUUAUUGGUAAAGUCUACAAAUUCAGAAAUAGUUUGAGGAAGGCAAUUGCCUGCUCUUGUGUGAAUGCCUUUAGCUCUACACAAACAAAAAAUACACGAUAUGACACUAUUGAAAGGAUUAAGUAGAAAAAUAUUAUUGAAACGAAAAUCUCUGGGGCUAUGAUUCUGAGGCGACGACGCACACAGGUCAGAGGUGAUUUACUGAAGUACAACUUAAAAGUUUCCUUGAAACUGAAAUUGCACUUUGUUUGCUGACGUUACAUCUCUGCUGAGUGCUGAAAAGAGUUUUCAAAAUGAUACAAUAGAUACGUAGGUUUUUUUCAGUAAAUGCUAUGAAUAUCUAAAACUUUAAAAUAACAUAAUCUGUUGAACUGACUUACCUCAGAUCGGUUUCCUACAAAACGCACAAUAGACCAUUUUACAGUUGUGUACUUAGUUGCCAAGCCUUUGAUUUGAA